CAGGUAAAACAAUGGAAAUAGGUGUCACAUUACUGGACUUGUAAAACACACGCUCUCAGCUCAUUCUUGGUCAAUCAGAUUGUAGUAGGACUGUUUAAACUAUUCUACUUCAUUCUACUAUCCAAUAAACGAUUUUAUGUAUUUUUUUAAAGAUUAUAGCUCACUAAACAUCUGGACAAAUAUUUUUUAAUUGUUUUACGCUCCGAAGAUUGUCUAUUGAAUCAAGUAACCCAAACACGAUGUCCCCUUACCGUGUCCUCUUCUUGCUGGCCCUGCAUACGUCUGGUCUGUUGUUUGGAAGAUCUGUAGAGGCACAGACUAAUACAACAGCUUCUGCUUUAUCUAACGAGACUACAACGACUGGUGCUGUUGCUCAGCCCUCGAAUGAAACAACCACAUCUACGUCAUUAACCAACGGCACGACUACCGACACUGUGGACGCGUCCACAACAAAUUCAACCUUGACCACAACACCUGCCCCGUCAUCGACCACCAGCACUACAACGUCGACCACACGGUAUCUCGAGAGCUCUACGGCAGCCACUUUCAGCUCUACAAGCACUGCGUCACCAUCGACAACAUCGAACCAAUCAACGUCUCCGGCACCAGUGGGGCCGGAAGGAGAGAAAGACCCCAAUCAGGUUGACCCCGUCUUGCCUGCCGUAACAACAACUACUAGCGCGCCGACAACAACUACUUCAAAUACAACCACGAGCACCACUGCGACUACAACAGCUAAGACCACACCAGUCAGUACUAAACAACCAUCCAACCCUUACAGCCCCACCAACACCAACCGCCCACCUGUACCUUCCUUUCCAAAUCUCCAGCAGCACUCAGGACACAAUUUUCUCCCCUGGCUUUUCCUCGGUCAAGACGCCUUCCCGUGGAUGUACGCCCUGUCCCACCAGAGCAACCACCAGCAAGGGCACACCAACCCCAUCAACUCUAUCGCCCCGCUCUACGCCGCUGGCAUGGACAUGGAGUACUUACCACUGUCCUACCUGCUCACGCAACAAUCGCCUCAACAGCAGCAGCAACAGCGCCUACAACAACAGAGGUUGCAGCAGCAGCUACAGCAACAGCAGCAACAACAGCGCCAAACGAACAAUCUAGCGAAUCUGUGGCUUUUUAGCGAGUUCUAGGGCUGGUUAAACGUAAACUGGUUUUGAAAAUGGAAUGUUUCAUUGACAACCAAAGAUCCCAAUAUAGAAAUAGAUCAACUAAAAAAAAAGGCUUAAAAUAAGCACUAAACUUUGAGACCAACUCAGAAUAUUUUUUUUUCAAAUAAUCAUUGCUAAGGGAGAAAACAAUUAAGUUCCCUUUUAGUUCGUUCAAAUCAAUGAAGUCUAAAAUUAUUUACUUAGCUUUAAUAUAACAGCCUUACACUAACGAUUGAAUGUGAAUGGGGGCAAUAAAUGUACAUUUAAUUUCAAAUAAAGAAAUAUUAAGAAAAACGGAUAGCAGGUAACUGUGUUUGAGAGAGAAGGAAGUAUCCUUUAAAAUUAUUUUCAAAAUAAAAGCACAAUGUUUUAAGUAUAAUUUUAAUUAUAAUAUGCUCACAUUAUUAUUAUUACAAAACGUCCAUAGAAACACUGCCCGUGGAUCAUUAACGGUACCGACAACUGACAAGGUAGACAAAUCUUUUUGAUGAGAAUAAAUGAUUGAUUAUAUGUUUUGAUAUAUGUUUUAAUACUUUAAAUUGCUCUUUGUGUUUGUUUGAUUGUAAUUAAUAAUUAUUGUUUUUAUUGGGACCUGCAACUUACAUGUGAGAGCAAAGCAGCAUUGCUGUUAUAGUUGUUACUUCUUUUUUUUUAAUACCUAGACUGUUUGCCUUUGUAAAUAAUUUAUUUCUCAAAUAUUUUGUUGAAUGCAUUACAUUGUACAGUCAAAGAGCUAUGUAUGAGUGAGUAGAAAUUGUAGAAGAAUUGCGCGACACGACAGAGCCGGCUCAAGGUAUAUACAAAAUAGGGCCUCGCCUGGUUUGGAUUGUCACCGUACUUUUCAACAUAAAGAAAUUUUUAAUUUUUUGUGCUUUGCCAUUGUCGUAAAAUUUGAGUGGAAGACUCUUUGAAGCUCUAGGCCUAUGUAAGCUCACCUCUAUCAACCUCUCUGAACAACUGUUCUGCCGGGGAGGGAUCCAAGCAAAUGUAAAUGUAUUAUAUCCCUUUUACCGAUGGUUCGUAUACCUAGGCGCUUGGCGAGGCCGAAAGCCAAACACACCGGGGAAACUCCACCAUGUCCUUCUUUGUAACAUAUCAGCUGUGUGGAUGUGCUCCAUACAAAGAACGGUGGGUUGAUGGUGAUUUGGUUGUUGGGGCUCCAUUUCAUUCCCGCCAGUGCAAUGGACUCGGUCCUUAGACAUCCCGAUUGGGGUUGUUCUGUUUCCCUAAUGGCCUAAUAUUUUUUUUUUUACUCUGAUGAAAUGUUUCGCUUAACUUCGAUUUUUUUUAUGCUUUUGAUUUUUAAGUCAUUUUCGAAUAACUGUUACUUUAACAUUUUUUCCGAAACAAAUCUUUUUAUUAGUACUAAAUGUGAAACUCUUUAAGAUGUUGACCUAUUUUCCAAGAGAUAAGUGAAAGUGAAUGAUGCAUUGAUGUGUUUGUAUGAUGUUUUCUUGUUUGUAUUUUAUGCAGAGAAAAAAUAUAUCUUUGUCCCAACAUGAUUUGUUUAUGUAAUGCUUACUAAACUGAGAUUGCUCAAAAGUAUGUACGUAAGACUCAUCUCCGAAGAUAGUCUCUUCAACUUCUUCUUCUUCUGUUUGUUGCUAAAAACUAAAAAGAUAGAUGAUGUCUCACAACUACUCUUCGGCUGCUUUGUAUUUACACAUCCGGCCUUCGUCUGCCGAGAGUUUGGCUAAGUCAUGGAACUAAGUCAUAGACAUUAAUAAAUAUAGACUGGAAAAAGGAAAUAACUUCAUGUAACUUGAAAACAUGUAUAUCUAUUGUUGUCGGAUUUCCGAAUUCUGAAAAGUUGCAUGAUCUUCAGUGUUAGAGAUUAAACAAAACUACACUGCUGUAUCAUAAAGUACACAAAAUUGCAAGUCACAAAUUUUCGUUUCAUAAAACUCUUUUAUCGGCCAGUCUAUAUUUAUUUAUGUCUAUGGGCUAAGUAUGAUUCUACAUUUUCUUAAAAAAAAAAAAAAACAAUUUAAAAAAAUCCUGGAAAACUCUUUUAAAUUUUCUAGGAGUAAUUUUUUAAAAAGAAAUAAUUAUGUGUUUAAUUAUAAUUAAUUUGUAUGUUUUAAUCUCUUUACUAGACCCCAUCUCAUUUGUAACAUUCCAUUUCAAUGCCAAAAUCGUACAGCUGUCCGUUCUUUUCCUCUAAUUAAUAGAUGUAGGAGUCUAGAGGUAAUACUGUUUUAUAUUUGAUUCUAUAUUUGUAUUGUUUCAAAUGUGAAACAAAUGUAGGGUUUACUCAAGUGUGAAUGUAUUCAAGGAGAGUAUGUGUCACGGUGUUAUCUGAAGAGAUAGACCGACCGUUUGAUUUAUUUCUCAAAUCAAACAUUUCUGAGAUUAACACAAGUGUUGCAUGACAGUUUUUUUUAUUGUGAGAUGUUUGCUUCUCCAUUUUUUUUGUUAAAUUUCGUUCUCAAUGUUUUCAUUGUAUCGUCCUGAGUCAAAUAGUGCUGUAUCAUUGUGUCAACAUAAAUCAUACAAUUUAGAGAAAAUAAUAAAAUAUGACAAAUU